AUGUUUCUCGUUAGGGUUGAGCACCGGGCGGCCGGGCCCGGCCCGGGCAUGGAAGGGGCGCCAGUGUUAGAUGCCAUGGGAUGCAUCAAGGCCAUGCUGCUGCCACCUGUGACCAUGCACCAUCCUCUCAUGCCAUCAGCCACCGUGACCAUCCCGGUUGCUGCUUCCAUCUCAUCAAUGGCAUCUGCCAUCCAAUCACGCUCCCUUGCAGCAGCUGCCAGCGAUUGCCAGCGCUCCCUUGCAGCAGCUGCCGUACCAGACACACGGCCAUCCCUUGCAGGAGCGGCAGGGGUAGGACUAGGAGCAGGAAGAGAAGGUAUGGGAGCAGGAAGAGGAGGGGCAGGAGAAGGGGCAGGAGGAGGUGUGGUGAGAGCAGUGGCAGCAGCACUGCCAUCCGUUGUAGGCAUAGUGGUGGGAGGGACAGUGUGGGGCUCUGGGCACGAGCAGCAGCAAGAGCAGGGAUUUGAUACCAAGAGCAGCAGCACUAGCGCAUCUGAUUGGUUGAACGGCGGGCGGCAACAGGUAGAGACGUGUCAAAGUACAGUGGAGCGAAGAGGGGAGCAGGCGCACAGGAGCAAAGGAGGGCAGAGAGGGGGGAGGGUGGCAGCGAUGGUGCUGACGACUGCAGCAGUGCAUGCCGGGGCGAGUGGAGGCGCGGUGGUGAACGCACAGGGGGAGAUGAUUGCACUUGUGACAAGCAAUGCAAAGCACAACCGACACGGCACCAUCCUUCCGCACCUCAACUUCUCCAUCCCUCUUUCCCUCCUCCGCCCCAUCUUCCACUUCGCUUCAUCCCUCCACUCUUCCUUCCACUCCUCCCUCCACUCCUCCCUCCACUCCUCCCACUACUCUUCCCACCAUUCCGCCCACCACACCUCCCAACCCCCUCAGUCCCCUCCUCCUCCUCCAUUCUCCCCUGCAUGGGCCUCCGUCGUCCAUCCCCUUCUCUCUCGCUUCCUCCUCCCCCUCAACACCCCCUCCCCUGCCAUCCACGCCCUCUGGUCCCUCGCCCCCUCCUCCCAUCUCACUCCUCCCGACAUCCCUCGUCCCCCACCGUCUCUCUCUCGCCUCAUCACCCCCUCAGUCCGAACAAACAAGCCCAAGUUAUGA